AUGGAAGUUGGAAUGAGUUGGAAGAAGAUCUUCUCCGCUCAAAAAUUAUUGCCUAUAUUUUCUGUUAUUGAAACUAGAAGAAGUGUUGGGGGAAAUCCGGCGUUUGGGGAGAAGUUCGCAAAAUCUCAAAACGAAGGGACAUAUGUAACGGUUAUUAUAGUCCCUGUAGUGAAAGCUUCAUUAAAAAACUACCAAUAA